AUGUUCCAAGACGUUCCCAGUUGCAUGAUAGCCGAGCAGUCGUGGGAUUCUUCGGAAGCCGGUCUCAGACAAGCUGUUGCUAUUCAGCGAGACCGUUACGCAAAGAAAAAGAAAAGAAUUUCUGCUUCUGGACCCAAGAGAAGUCCCUCGGGAAGCACCGACCUUGACAUCGAACCUGACUCGACAACGAACAUACUCCUCGGCGGACGUCCCCCAUCGUCUUACGCUUGCGCGAGCUGA